CAACAAAGACAUUUCAAAGGGUCUGUGGUCGAUCUGGAACUGGGAGCUGAAAAGGAUUUACCCUCCGGAAUUGGAAUCAGACAUAACAAUGGAGAUGGUGAAAACAAAAAUACAGCACAAGAAAAGGCAAGUGGCUACCUUUAUUAUACUGAUGCUUUUGUGGGAGGUGGGUUCAGAAUCGGUUCAGUAUUCCAUAAUGGAGGAGACAGAAAGUGGCACGUUUGUGGCUAACUUGACAAAGGACCUGGGACUUAAGGUGGGAGAGCUGGCAGAUCGGAGCGCCCGUGUUGUUUUCAAAGGAAGCAGGCAACAUUUGCAGCUUGACCCACAGACCCAUGAUUUGCUGCUAAAUGAAAAACUGGACCGGGAGGAACUCUGUGGCUCCACUGAGCCCUGUGUGCUACCUUUUCAGGUGUUACUGGAAAACCCCUUGCAGUUUUUUCAGGCUACCUUGCGAGUCAGAGAUAUAAAUGACCAUGCUCCAGAGUUUCCAGCCAGAAAAAUGCUCCUGAAAAUAUCAGAAAUUACUAUGCCAGGAAAGAUAUUUCCUUUGAAAAUGGCGCAGGAUUUAGACGUUGGCAGCAACAGCCUUCAAAGCUACACCAUCAGCUCCAACCCUCACUUCCACGUUCUUACCAGCAAUCGCAGCGACGGCAGGAAAUUCCCAGAGCUAGUGCUUGACAAAGCAUUGGAUCGCGAGGAGCAGUCCCAAUUCAGACUAACCCUGACUGCCCUGGAUGGUGGGUCUCCGCCCCUAUCGGGAACUUCAGAGAUUCAAAUCAUGGUUUUGGACAUCAAUGACAAUGUCCCUGAGUUUACUCAGGAGCUCUAUGAGGCGCACAUCUCUGAGAACAAACACCCUGGCUCCCUGGUAAUUACCGUCUCAGCCAGAGAUUUAGAUGCGGGAUCAUUUGGGGAGGUAUCUUACGCCUUAUUUCAAGACGAUGACAUUAACCAACCCUUUGAAAUAAAUGCAAUAAAUGGAGAGAUUCGACUGAGAAAAACUUUGGAUUUUGAAGAAUUUCAGUCUUAUCAUGUGGAUAUUGAGGCCACAGAUGGUGGGGGCCUAACCGGAAAAUGCUCUUUAAUCGUUCAGGUCCUGGACGUGAAUGACAAUGCUCCUGAAUUGACUGUGUCCUCACUUAAYAGCCCUAUAGCUGAAAACUUGCCAGGAAUAAUAGUGGCAGUUCUCAGUGUUUCUGAUGCAGAUUCUGGACCUAACCAAGAAGUUAUUUGUUCCAUAGACGACAAUCUCCCCUUUCUUCUAAGACCUUCAGUGGAAAAUUUCUAUGCUCUGGUAACAGAUGGACCUCUGGACAGAGAGACCAGAGCCGAGUACAACAUCACCAUUACGGUCACCGACUUGGGGACACCCAGGUUGAAAACCGAGCACAGCAUAACCAUCCACGUCUCUGACGUCAACGACAACGCCCCUGCCUUCACGCAAACAUCCUACACACUGUUGGUGCGCGAGAACAACAGCCCCGCCCUGCACAUAGGCAGUGUCAGCGCCACAGACAGAGACUCAGGCACCAAUGCCCAGAUCACCUACUCGCUGCUGCCAACCCAGRACCCGCACCUGCCCCUYGCCUCGCUGGUYUCCAUMAACGCAGACAAUGGGCAGCUGUUCGCGCUGAGGGCGCUGGACUUCGAGGCCCUGCAGGCAUUCGAGUUCCGCGUGGGCGCCACAGACCAAGGCUCUCCCGUGCUCAGCAGCCAGGCGCUGGUGCGAGUGGUGGUGCUGGACGACAAUGACAACUCGCCCUUCGUGCUGUAUCCAAUGCAGAACGCCUCUGCGCCCUGCACGGAACUGGUGCCCAGGGCGGCAGAGCAGGGCUACCUGGUCACCAAGGUGGUGGCAGUGGACAGAGACUCGGGCCAGAACGCCUGGCUGUCAUACCAGCUGCUCAAGGCCACGGAGCCAGGGCUGUUUGGCUUGUGGGCGCACAAUGGCGAGGUGCGCACCGCCAGGCUGCUGAGCGAGCGCGAUGCGGCCAGGCACAGGCUGGUGGUGCUGGUCAAGGACAAUGGCGAGCCUCCGCUGUCUGCCAGCGUCACGCUGCACGUGCUGCUGGUGGAUGGCUUCUCCCAGCCCUACCUGCCGCUCCCGGAAGUGGCGCCYGAGCRCGCGCARGGGGACUCGMUCACUGUCUACUUGGUCAUYGCCUUGGCSUCKGUGUCAUCKCUCUUCCUCUUCUCUGUGCUGGUGUUCGUGGCGGUGAGGCUGUGCAGGAGGCGCAGGGCGGCGCCGCUGGGUGUCUGCUCUGUGCCUGAGGGCCACUUUCCUGGCCACCUGGUGGACUUUAGUGGCACUGGGACCCUGUCCCAGAGCUACCAGUAUGAGGUGUGUCUGGCUGGAGACUCUGGGUCUGGUGAGUUCAAAUUCUUGAAGCCUAUUAUCCCCAACUUACCCCCUUAG